UUACUGCUUGUUUUUCCUUUUUAACCCUUUACACAUCUCCUUUCUAUUUCUUAAGAUAUUGCCCACCAUGGCUCUCCUUUUCUAAAUCCGUCACUCUCUUUUGAGAUCUCUGGAAAAAUACGCAGUAGUUUUUUCUUUAUCCUUUUUUUGAAACGAUAACAACAAUAUCCAAACGACAGAACAUAAGCGCCUAGCUUUUUCUCUCCUCUUUUCUUUUAUAACAAAACCAUGUCAAUCAUACAUCGCAUCAUUCGACUAAGUCGACUCAUUCAGUAUCAAUUCAAGUCAUCCAUUUGAUCAAGAAGCAACCGUCUGCUUUAUACUACCUUACACCUCUACCCACACUACCUUCUUACACCAAGCUCAAUACUUAUACCGUUAACAGUAUCAACGACACUACUGAAAUGAAUCAGAAACAAGAUUACUGGACUCAAUUCUCCCAAUCCAUGGUUGACCAAACCAUCGGCGAUUAUCAGCUCAUCGAGGAACUCGGUCACGGCUCCUAUGGUUGCCUGUUCCUUGGCCAGUCUCUGCGCAACAACGAGUACGUGGCGGUCAAGGUCCUCAGCAAACAAGGUCUGGACCAUCAACAGCUUCAACUGCAACAACUGGAAAUCGACAUUCAAUCGUCACUCAAGCAUCCUUAUCUCCUGGGACUUCACAAUGUGAUCCAAGACGACAAGUACGUUUACAUGGUGAUGGAUGUAUGCGACCAAGGCGAUCUUUUCGAUUACGUUAUCCGCGAUCAAGAAUCCAACAAGGUGCGCAAUGAAGCAUUUGUCAAGAAAGCCUUUAUGCAAAUCCUUGAAGGCAUCGAGUACAUGCACGCUCAUGGCAUCUACCACCGCGAUUUGAAACUUGAAAACAUUCUUCUCAAGGACGAAGGCGAAGAUACCGAAGACCUGGUGUGCAAGGUGGCCGACUUUGGCCUGGCGACUCGUGAACGUUACUCGAUGGAGUUUGGUUGUGGUUCCACCACCUACCUCGCUCCUGAACACUUUGAUGAUGACAAUGGCCAUCCCGAAACCGUUCCCUACGAUGCCGCCGCCUCCGAUGUUUGGAGCUUGGGUGUUCUCUUGCUCGCUCUUUUGUUUGGUCGCAACCCUUGGCAGGAAGCUUCGUCGGCCGAUGCGGCUUUUGUCGAAUACAAGAACAAUCCUUCCAUGUUGAAGCAACAUCUUUUUCCUCUGUUGUCGGCCGAUGCUUUCCGUUUCCUUUCUUCGGUGUUGUCUGUCGAUGCUCACUCGCGUCCUUCGGUGGCCGAAAUGAAGGCUGAAUUCAGUACCCUUUCCCUUCUUGAUGAAGAUCAGAGUGAUCAUGUGCCUGUCAAUAUCCCUUGUGCUCCCAAGCAAACCAAUCACGCCAGCUACGAUUCCGCCUUCUUCAGUACCGGUGCCAACUUUUCCUGGUCUGAUAUGGUGGACGAUGAUGACGAUGAUGUCGACUUGGACGCCUCUUUCUGUGGUCGCAACAGUACCCAUUCGUCGGCUGCUCCAUCUGCACAGGAUUAUGAAGACACUGAUAUGUUUGUCCAUACUCACGAAAAAGAGUCUUGGUGGCUGUAAAUGUUCCAUCUAUACAACCAAAAAAUCCCUCAUACAUAAUGUAGUUCUAUUUCCUUUUUUUUUUAUCUUAUUUCCCUGUAAUAAAAUCGUUUGAAUAUUGUGUAUAUAUCACUGCAACAAAAAACAGCUGCUUUAUUUUUAUUUGACGUUCCUUCUGUGUAGUUUUUUGUGUUGUUCUUUUACCCUCUGACAAGAUCGUCUGAAAAAUUUCUUUGUGGGGAUGGGAGCUGUCCUUCUAUCCGCUGGCACACAGGCACAUAGUAACAUAGUAGGUCUCGAUCCUUUGAUUUUUCGUAGAAUAAACUUAUCGAAUCAGUAUAAUGCAC